AUGGGUCUCCUCACACUUGUCGAGGAUCGUCCGACUCCGUCAGCUGUCUACAACUGGCGAGUCUAUGCUUGUGCAAUGGUCGCCUCCUUUGCAUCAUGCAUGAUUGGUUAUGAUUCGGCUUUCAUUGGCACAACACUUGCUCUCCCAAGUUUCGUCCAUGAAUUCGGAUUCAAACACAUCGAGGCUCACCAUUUAGCCACUAUCAAGGCGAAUAUCGUUUCUGUUUACCAAGCUGGUGCAUUCUUCGGAUCUCUGUUCGCUUACGCCUCAGCCUUUUUCCUUGGCCGCAGAAAGAGUCUGUGGGUUUUCGCUACAGUAUUCAUGCUCGGCGCUGGCAUCAUGUUGAUCUCGAAGAACGGAGAUCUGGCGCCCAUCUUGGCUGGUAGAGUGCUUGCCGGUAUCGGCGUCGGUGGCGCUUCCAUGAUUGUCCCCAUCUACAUCUCCGAAAUUUCGCCACCUGCUGUCCGCGGCCGACUGGUCGGUAUCUACGAAAUGGGCUGGCAAUUGGGUGGACUUGUAGGGUUCUGGAUCAAUUACGCCCUGAUCGAGACCAUGCCCGCCAGCCGCCGCCAAUGGCAAAUUCCUUUCGCAGUACAGCUCAUUCCAGGCGGUCUUCUCCUCAUCGGAAGUUUCUGGCUCAAGGAAUCACCUCGCUGGUUGUACUCCAAGGGUAGAAGAGAGGAAGGUCUCAGAAACCUCUGCUGGAUUCGCAAGCUCGAAAGCAACGACAUUUACAUCGUUGAGGAAGUCGCCUCUCUUGACGCUGCUAUCGAGCAUCAAACAUCGACCAUGGGAAUGGGCUUCUUCGCUCCCUUCAAGGCAGUUGGCAAGAGCCGUGAGGUUCAGUGGCGCUUCCUUCUGGGAGGCCUCUUGUUCAUGUGGCAGAACGGCAGUGGCAUCAACGCCAUCAACUACUACUCUCCCACUGUUUUCAAGUCAAUUGGUAUCACCGGCACCAACACUGGAUUCUUCACUACUGGUCUCUUCGGUGUCGUCAAGACUGUCCUCACAUUCGUCUGGCUCCUGUUCCUCAUCGAUAAACUUGGUCGCCGCAAUCUUCUCAUGAUCGGUGCUGCUGGUGGCUCGGUCUGCAUGUGGAUCAUCGGUGGCUACCUUCUCGGUACUGAUGGCAAGAGAAACGGCAAGGAGCUUGGCCCCGGCGGUACUGCUGCCGUGUUCUUUUUCUACCUCUGGACCACUUUCUACAGCCCUUCAUGGAACGGUACACCCUGGGUCAUCAACAGCGAGAUGUUCGAUAGCAACACACGUUCGUUGGGUCAAGCUUCAGCUGCCGCAAACAACUGGGCGUGGAACUUCAUCAUUUCACGAUUCACUCCCCUGAUGUUCCUGAACAUGGGACCUUCUGGUUCGGGGGUUUACUUCUUUUUUGCCAGCAUGAUGUUGGCCUCGAUCGUGUUCGUCUGGUUCCUGGUACCUGAGACCAAGAGUAUUCCUCUCGAAUCCAUGGACCGCCUCUUCGAGAUCAAGCCUGUCCGCAAGGCCAACAAGGUGGUCUUGGAAGAAGUCAGACUUCGCGAAGAGGAGUUCCGUCAUGACGCAGAGGGAGCAGGACUCGAUGCCGCAAAGGGUAUUGAUGUUUCUUACGAGGAGCAUGUUACAAAGGUAUAG